AUGCCCGACGAUACUGCAACCGGCCUGAGUCUGAGCAUGUUUUUUUAUGAAAGUGUAGAUGACCUCCAGGAAGAUUAUUACGUCGUGCACGGUAAAGAAUGCGACAUUUGCGGUUGCGACGAGGAGGCCGAUCCGUCGAAUAUUGUCAACCAAUCGUCCUCUAUUUCUUCUAGGGCCAUAGUCCAGACCAAGACAUGUCUAUCGCCUCAUGUCUUCCACAAACUCUGCCUAUAUGUUUGGCUGCACACAAAGCUUCACAAAGAUGAAGACGCAACCUGCCCCAUGUGUCGUACUAAGUUUAUCUUGAGUGCACAAUCCAAAGAGUUGUAUACAUACCUAGAGUUAUUACAAUCUCUCGUUGAAAGAUAUAACACCGUGAUCGAGGAGUCGUUACUCCAAAUGGAUCGAAUCGCGGAUAAGAUCAAGCAAGCAAAGCAGGAAGAAGACGACUCGACUGACGACAUAAGGAAACUCGAACUGUCGAAUAUACGAAGGGCCCUUACCACCGCGCAGCGUACAGCUACAACUACCAACGAUCUGGCACAGCAAGACCUAGCACAAUUUUCAGGUGCUAUGAGACGGAUAGCGGCAAUCAUCGCAAUGAGCGAUUAG